AUGGCGAAGAAGCUUUCAAAAGCACCCCGAAUUCCAGUACCAAGGCAAGCAAUUACGAUACAGCCGGCGAACAGCAGCAGCAGCGACGAACACGAUGCGCCACCACGCCGUGGACUCGGCAACGGCGUUGCCAACUGUUCACGGCAUACAAUUGAAUGCAUGGUGCGUGCUCUGCACGACAGGCGCGUCGACGACGGUGGAAGAACGCAGGAUCGAAGCGACGCUGUGGACCAGCUGCAAGACGACCUGAACGACAUGCAGUACGGUCUGUACGCAGAACCGCUGGCACAAUGCGGGUGUGACGAAUGCACUGCAUGCAUCCAGUUCGACGAGAGCUACAAUGCGUGAGUAUAUUAAUUGGGAUCUAGGCAAAAAGAACAAAAUCCAUCACCACAGCUAGAAAGAGCAUGUUAUUACCGCAGUAAAAUUGCAAAGUAUGGCCGCGAAAUGAUGUAAAAUGCGGAAAAUAUAGCCCUGCGAAAUUUGCAAAUUUUGUAUUAAUUUGUAUUACGCACGGGAAAAUGCCCCACAUUUGGGCCGAAAGUGGUGCAAAUUCGCGUGCGUAAUACAAAUUAAUACAAAAUUUGCAAAUUUCGUAGGGCUAUAUUUCCCUCCGGCAUUUUACAACAUUUUGCAAGCAAACUUUGCAAUUUUACUAAUUUUAAUUAACAUGCUCUUUCUAGCUGUGGUGAUGGAUUUUUUUUCUUCCAUUGGGAGCAACAAAACAAUAAUUAAAAUUAUGGACAAAAGAAAAUUAAUUUGGAACUAAACGAAGAUUAAUUAGAACAACAAAACAAAAAUUAAUUGGGAACCAAACAAAAAUCAAUUAAGAGCGAAACAAAAUUUAUUUAGGAACAGGAACAAAUUUUGGAUAGUCACGGUUUUAUAUAGCUAUAUCGAAGAGGUUUUUAAAGCAGUAAUACAGAAUGCUGAGAAUGUUCACGAUGUUGGAUUCUUUAGAAAUGAGCAUUUAAUGCAGGUUUGUAGGUUUGCUGAAUAAUUAGGCCAAACACCGUCACACUAGGCCUUUGUUUUCUUUGUCUUGGCCUUUUGUUUUCUAAACGGCACUAAUGACGAUUUGGCCUAAUUAUUCAUCUAACUUACCAACCCUGAUUUAAUGACAGUGUGCUCAUUAUCAUAUAUCUGUAUUUUCCCCAGAUUUUACGAUCAACUCAAGGAAAACGACUACAACGCACCGCCUCCGAGGUUUUCAGAUUGCUCGCUGCAUUGCGUGGACAACGAAAUGAAAGCGCUCAACUUAAAAUCAAAAUUUGCCGGCUUCGGUUCCUCGUCGCUGGAAAAUGCGUACCACUUUGCGCAAUCAACGGCCCCAAUGACCCCACCCAACCUUUCAACAGCCGCGCCAACGGGAGUAAUGGGCUCCACCACCAAGUACAUGGUGCCGUACUUGCGCAGCAGAAAACUGUAA